CUCCUCCCCCCCCCACACCCAGUGGGAGCGGUCGCUGCCUUCGGAGUGCGGAGGAGAAUGGUUUGCGCCGCAGGGUUGCCAUGGUGACAGAGGGACGCCGAGCGAGGCAAGGUAUAAUGAGCCCUCGCAGGAGGCUUCCCCCGCCUGGCGCCUCCUGGGGGCUCGCGCAAGCGCUCAGGAAUUAGUUUAUAUUUUGCACUGGAAACAUGGCAGCCUUGCAUACUUCACCCAUGAACCCAUUCCAAGAAUUUAUGGGGUUAUUGCCCCUGCAACAAGCAAAGGAGACUGAGAAGUUGGACAUGCAGCAGAGCCUAAAUGAGAAACCUUCAUUGUGCCCAAUUGGCAGUAUGCAGAAAGUGAACCAGAAAAUUGCACAUUUGCGACUGGAGCUGGAAAAAUUCCACACUGAUGACCUGGUGAUUGAGGACUUGGAAUCAUUAAAGAGAGACUCUGGACAGAAGAGCUUCAGAAGAGAGAAAAAGCACUUCAAGACAUCCAGGGACAGAGACAGAGAUAGGAAGGAGAUAUGCCACUUUGCACAAAAGUAUGAGCACUCUAUGCAUGCGUCAGACUUGGACCCACUCUCUCAGCCCAAGCUCACCUACAAGAAGCCUCAGAAUACAUCAGAAAAGAACAAGCUAGUGGAACUGUAUCAAUACCCAGGGUACAACGAGCAUGAGCCAACACCGCUGCCUAAUGGGACGGAGCUGGCUGAAGUCAUAGAGAAGGUGGUGUGUGCCCAGAGAAAGUCAGCAAGUGGGAAGACUCCUUUUCCUUCAAAGAUGCUGCAGAAGUUUCUCACAACUCCAGUCUCCCAGGCUAUCCUGUUGGACAGCUUCUGGUGGUUUUUUCUCCACUUAUAUCAGCCAAAUAGAGAGAUUCAGGGACGGCUGUUUGAUCGCAUUGCAAAGAAUUAUGCCGCCCUCCUGUUUGACUGCCACAGGUUCCGCUACCAGAAUGCUCUUAUUAAAGUUUUCCCUUCAUUGCUGAGCCAAACCUUGUACACCUGCUUCUGCUCCAGCUUUCCAAGAUCCUGGUUCAAUACACAUGAGUUCAAGUCCCAGCUCUGCAAUGUGCUGUCAGAGUGGAUGGCAGGGACACUGCCUGUCCCAGGGAGCUACAGUAACUGGGACUACUCCCAUCUGGAACCAGAGAGAUUUAGGAGGGAAGACUUGCUGUCAACAAAGGGAAAGCAGAGGAGAGAAUCCUGUGUCCCCUUUGCUUCCUCAAAGGCUUCUGGCAACCCAGAAAAGACUCCUCAGCCAUCCAUUCAACCAUACAAGAAAUCCAUGUCUUUGGGCCAAACUGUCAACAAGUACCAACCUGAUCAAACAAGUGUGGACCUUGACUCCAAGGAAGUUGUACAUGCAUCUAUGUCCUUGAAAGGCAUCAAUCCUCAUACCAUGCCACAUGAUCUGCAGCCUGAAAAGGAUGACUUGAAAAGUACUUGGAAGCAGCCCCAACACACAUUUGAAACAAGGCGGCUAAAGAUCGCCCCCUUUCAUAGAGAGUCACACCCAGCUUGUCAGGGCCCUGACUUCACUUGGCAUCUCUUUAACAUCAAUGGACACAGCCCACUAAUUCAGCACUUCCUCCAGAGCUAUAAUGUUGAACCACAGUCUGGACAAGACAUCUUGAUUCACAGGAGGGAGAUCUGCAAGCCUAUACCUACGGAGUCCACCCCAACCUAUGCAGAUGUGAUCCGACAAAGUUUCAAUAAUAUUCGCCAUCUGGACAAUGCCUUCAAAAGAGUGCACCAGCGACACUGCAGAGAAAUGAAGGAUUUUGACCAGCACCAGUGGAAGGAGAAGCAAGAAUUCCUCAGAAAAGAGAAGCAAUUGCUGUCAGAGAAAGGAGAGAUGAAGAAGCUGAACCAAUUGCUGACCCCUCGCCUGGAUGUACUCUUCAGUUCUGACAAGACUUGAAGUGUAUUUUGGGCAGCCCACCCGAGAGCUUUCUCCACCAAUUAGGAACAGACAAACCUGAAAAAAAUAUGAAGAAUCAGUUCACAGAAGUACUCUGAGUUUAAAAGUUUGAUUGAUUUCUAACCUCAUUGAUCUGUAAAACUGGGCUGGAAAAAUCUCAUAACAUUGCAAGAAUGGAAGUAAUAUAUGAGAAUGAAAAGUCACCUGAAUAUUUUUUUUAA